AGCCGCUUGUCCAAUCAGGUGCGGAGAUCCCAGCUGAGGAAAGAAGCAGACGAUAUGGCAGCUUAGAGAGCGACCAGGUGGAACUUGCUUCGUUGACGCGAUUAAAUGCUCGGCUAUGGGAAGCAUUUGACUUAGACAGACGGCAGCGGAGGCGACGGCUCAAAAUGAUUUACCUAAUACUGAUCUCUGCGCUGUGUGGAGCGGUCCUGACGCUGAUGUUACAGUUCUUGCUGAUAUACAGAAAGAGCCCAGAGCCCUUAGGUAGGACCGUUCAGUACGUCAAAGUAGUGCCUGAUAACGCACUGAAAGACUAUUUCAAUGUCCCUCACGCCGAACCGAACCAGCCAGACAGCGGGACAGCCGCUGCAUCCAAACCGCAAGAGGCCGUCUUCAGCCGGCAACAGGAAGCGGCUGUCAGCGGCGGCAGCCCCAAACAACAACAACAGCAGCAGCAGCAGCAGCCUUCACACAGCGAACUCACUGAUGCUGGCAGAACAGAAACGUGCAAUUUCCUCAAUGCCAUAUUCUUGUUUCUGUUCAGAGAGCUCAGAGACACCCCGGUGGUUCGGCACUGGAUGACCAAGAAGAUCAAGGUGGAGUUUGAGGAGCUGCUGCAGACCAAGACGGCGGGUCGGCUCCUGGAGGGGCUCAGCCUCAGGGACAUUUCUCUGGGGAAUUCCCUCCCGGUCUUCAAAUCGGCCAAACUCAUCAAACCGGUCCCGCAGGACGAGGACGGGAUGCCCGAGGAGCUCAACUUCGAGGUGGACAUCGAGUACAACGGCGGCUUCCACCUGGCCAUAGACGUGGACCUGGUGUUCGGCAAGUCCGCCUACCUGUUCGUCAAGAUGAGGCGCGUGGUGGGCAGGCUCAGGUUGCAGUUCACGCGCAUGCCCUUCUCCCAUUGGUCGUUCUCGUUCCUCGACGACCCGCUGGUGGAUUUUGAGGUGAAGUCCCAGUUCGAGGGAAGGCCGCUGCCUCAGCUGACCUCCUUCAUCGUGAACCAGCUGAAACGCGUCAUCAAGAAGAAGCACACCCUGCCCAACUACAAAAUCAGAUACAAGCCCUUCUUUCCCUUCCAAGUGCAGCCUCCGCUGGGCUCAGCCUGCGAUUUGGAUCUGUCAGUCCAGGACAGCAGGCUGGUGGAAGGCAAACUCAGAGUCACUCUUAUUGAAUGUAGCAGACUGUUCAUCCUGGGCUCUUAUGACAGAGAAACCUAUGUUCAUUGCACACUGGAGCUGAGCAGCCAGCAGUGGAAGGAGAAGACACGCAGCUCCAUAAAGCAGACGGAGGUUAUUAAAGGACCGUGUGGCAAUGUGGGGAUGACGUUCAGGCACAUACCUGCUUUGGAAGGUGAUACAGUCUAUGUCAGCAUAGAAACAGUAACACCCAACUCUCCUGCAGCCCAGGCUGACCUACAGAAGGGCGAUCGCCUCAUUGCUAUUGGAGGAGUGAAAGUGACGUCUUCAGUUCAAGUGCCCAAACUGUUGAAACAGGCAGGAGAAAGGGUGGCGAUUUUAUAUGAGAGACCAAUUCGCCAUCAGCCUCCUCCUUUAGGAAACCUUGGGACUCUACAGGAGGGACUUAGUCAUCUGGAGGAAACCAGCUUCACUCCACAGCCAACCAGUUAUGAGGAGGACCCCUCGUCCAUCACCACUCUUCCUGAUAUUUCUGACAGCAAAGACAUGGACUCUGAGUUUGAGGAGUUGCUCGUGGACCACAAACUCAUCCAGCCUAGUGCACCUACAAUAAGUAACGCAAAUAUCAGUGAAACCAAGGAGGACUUCUUACUUGCUGUUAACCAAAGUCCUAAAAGAACAGUGGCCAACUUGGCUUCCAAGCCCCUUGGUACUAUAUCACCCAUACUGAACCGAAAGCUAAACCUUGUCGGUCUGCAGUCUCCGCUAAAACCCCAGCCCAAAGAAUCACCCAAACCCUCACCACAUAAAACCAUCAGUGAACCAGGUGAGAGUCUGCAUCGGCCCACUGUUCUUCCCCCACCUCCUCCCUCACGCCCCCCGGUGCCACCAAGGCCCCAGAUACGGUUGACGUCUGCAUCCUCAGAAACCAGUCUUCUAGAAGGUGUUGAUUUAGUUACAAACAUUGCCGCUACCACCACCAGUGCUUCUGAAAAAUCGUUGGACAAGAUUUCAGUUUGUGGAACCACUGAAGAUAAGAGUGGCACAGAGAAGACAAGCAUCAAGCAGUCAGAAGGAAAACAGUUUACAAAAGCAGCAGACACCAGUGAUGAGAUUCUUGGUUCUUGCUCUGUUACCAGCAGCAAGACGGAUCAAGCAAAGGACAAAGUUUCAGAAAUGACCUUUGGCACAAGAGACAGUCUAGAUGAGCAGUCACUCUGGGAAUCCCCAGAAACUAUAUUUAGUAAACAUACAGCAUGCUGGUCCAAGGCCUCUGUGGUGUUUGAGGUGGAGACUCACCACAAGUAUCUCAACGUGGCCCUGUGGUGCAAAGAUCCCUUUAAGGUAGGCGGCUUGUUGUGCCUGGGUCAUGUCAGCCUCCCACUGGAGCAUGUGGCACUGGAAUGUAUGGCUACAUCUUCUGCAGAGUACCAGAGCAUCUUUAGGUUGGGGCCCCCAGAGCCAAAAGCAAAUGUCAGCCGCACUGCACUACGCAAUCUCAGCAUGCACAAGGGUUUCAAUGAAAAGCUAUGCUAUGGAGAUGUCACCUUAAACUUCUGUUACUUGGCCGAUGGUGAGUUAGAGUUUCCAAUGGGCUUGAUCGAACGGGAGCGUGAGGGAAGUCUCCAUGAUGAGGAUUUGAGAGAGAAAGAACCCACUCCCUCUGUAGCACGUGAUGAUUUGGUUUAUGGCACUAUGCAGUCACAAGAAGCCCGUCACAGCUUCCACGACACGCAGUUCCAGAACCCUACUUGGUGUGAAUACUGCAAAAAGAAAGUUUGGACAAAGGCAGCCUCGCAAUGUAUAAUUUGUUCCUACGUUUGCCAUAAGAAGUGCCAGGAUAAGUGCCUUGCUGAAAGUCCUUUUUGCGUGGCAACGGCUGAACGUCGAGGCGCUGAUCCUGAAGCCAAAUCCACUAUGAACCGGGCCACCGGGUUAACGCGUCACAUCAUCAAUACCAGCUCACGUCUGCUCAAUCUUCGCCAGAUACCCAAGACACGACUCGAGCAGGUGGCCGACGCGGUGCCUGGAGCUGUGGAGCCGUCACCCAAGCAGACACCCAACACAUCUGACAAUGAGAGCAGCGACACAGAGACCUACACUAGUGGGCCAAGCCCAUCAAAGCAGCCGACCAGCAGCAGUGGAACCAGCAAACUUGUACGAAAGGAGGGCGGACUGGAUGACAGCGUCUUCAUCGCGGUAAAGGAGAUCGGCCGGGACCUGUACAGGGGCCUGCCCACAGACGAGCGCUCACAGAAGCUGGAGCUCAUGCUGGACAAACUCCAACAAGAAAUUGACCAGGAGCUGGAGCACAAUAACGCUCUUAUGAUGGAAGAGAAGGAGGCCACGGAUUCCCGGCGAAAGGCCCUCAUCUGCACUGCUCUGAAUAAGUCGGGUGAGAGACUUCAGGCCCUCACUCUUCUAAUGAUCCACUACCGAGCGGGCAUAGAGGACUUGGAGUCUGUGGAGAGCAUGUCUCCUUCAGAGCAGCAAGGAUUCAAAAGCAAAGCAGAGAGUCUGGAAGAAGAAGUCCUUAUGGGACCAGAGGUGUAUGACAGCGACAUCUGCAGCCCUGUGGAGGUGCAGUUGAUGGAUGACAUCAGUGAGGAGCAGAUCUGUGUGGAGGCACUUCAUUAGUACCGAUUAGGAAAGCGAUGAAAACGUGACAUGUGGAUUGGGUUUGGGCUUUUCAGCAAAGUAAUGUCCCAUUUCUGAUUUUGAUACUGAGGAUUUUGUCCAGUCCGUCCUAAACACGCGGACGUUGAGGUAUUUUCAUUCUCACCUUUUUUUUUCUUUCUUUAAUGUCAAUGAAAUUAUGGUUUUGAAAAUUCGCUACUGACAUUUUUAUUUGUGAUCCCAUCGCAAGACCAAGGAUAUCUUGUUUUCAUCAUCUCCCCUUGGAUGUACUGAGUGUUUGUCAUUCAGUUUUGUUAGAUUUUAUUUUCAUUUUUCUUUACUGGAACCCUUGUAAUCUUACUUUGGUUGAAGGUCUUUGCAAAGUUUGCACAUUUCUUCAUUUUUGAGGGUGGAGAGCAGUAACGUUUAAUGAUUGUUCACUUUGAGAAUUUUGCCUUGAGAAACAGGCCAAUCUGAAGUCCAAUAACCUAUGAUUGCAUUCAUCCUUUGUUCUUGCUUUGAUGAUAUUUUUCCUGAUAAAUGUGAGAAUUUUGGCAGCAGAAGUUCCUUUUAAUAUUUGUUGCAACAUAUUUAUGCACUGGUACUUUUGUUCCCUUCUUUAAAUGCUUGUAACUAAGUUUAUUUUGAGUAAUUAGUGGUACAAGAUGGUUGCUAAUGUUAAUCUAUCCCUGUGCUCAUUAUUAAUUUAUUUGACUUCCACCAUCUCGUUUUGUGCAGAACACUCGUCCAUCCUAGGCUUCACUAUGACUCUUUCACUUUAUUAUACGACCCGUUACGGAUGUGACGGUUCACCUCAUUUCUCUGAAUAAAUGCUACAUCCGAACGCAUGCAGAUGCUAAUUCAAGCUGUUUGCUUUCAUGUAUGUAAGUGAAACUGAUGAAUGUAUAUUUGUUUAGUGGAUAAUGUGUGCUUACAGCUUUGUUUCCAGCCGCACCCAUCGCUGACUGUGGCUGGAAAUGAGGCGCUCGCUACAGGAAAGACGUUUUUCUGUUUUUGUGCUACUGAAGCAGCUCUUGUUGGGUGACCAGAAGAAACUGCAGCUUCUCAUGCAGCUGGUAAGACGCAUUCCCCUCUUGGAGUGAAAGAUGCUGAGCUAGAGGAAAAAAAUGAGAAGAAAAAAACAAAACAAAACAACUGAAGCAGACAUUUGGGAACAGACUACUGAGUUUUAACGUUCUAUGAAAAAUAGCUGAGGGAUUUUUUUGGAGGGUGAAAACUUUUUCUUCUGUGUUGGUGGAAUUAGGUUAUUGCGAACAAACUAAAUAUGUCCUGUUUUUUUUUUUUUACAAAAUGAUUUGACCAAAGAUGAUGGAGUAAUCUUUGCAGAGUGAUGCCCGUUAAGUUUGUCUUCUCUUGUGAGGCUGAAGACGAAUCACACCUGCAGCACAAAACCUUCUCUUUGUGUUGUUUCCAUAAAAUGACUCACUUGCAUAAAAAGUUUGUAGAACAUCGACUAACAAUUAAGUGUUUCCUAAAAUACACGUUUGUCUAAGAGAGAGUGAAUAAGCCAGAGCCAUAAAAAGCAAAGUGAUUCUUUUUUUUUUUUUAGAUUCUUGCUUAGUGCUCCACCUCCCAUUCCCUUUGCAGACAUUUUUCAAAAGUGUUUUUUGGUUUUUGUUGCAUUGAAACUGAUGAUCAGGAGUAAGACCCAGAUUCUCUGGUCUGUUCUUUAAACUGUGGGGGGUGUUUUGUGAAGCGGUGAUCUCCAGAAGGAGUUGGCGACUUUAAACUGGACAUCCCUCCGUCGGCCUGUGAAGCACCGUUCUCGCUGCUGCUGUUUAUUCUGUCACAAAGAACGCUUCUGCCCUCGUCGUCCCUCAGUCCCCUCAGCGGCCGCGCGGCUCCCCACCACAGUUUUCAGCAGGUCAACAUGGUGUUGGUUCUUAUUUUUGUGUGUGUGUGUAUUUCAAGGGGUGUUGUUUAAAGUUUUGGAGAAAGAAUUGUAAUGAAGCUUUAUUGUACAUAGCUUAAAUAAACAGGAACAAUUGAA